CGUCCAUCAAAGAUGCCACAAGAACCUCUCCUCCUCUCCUCCCAUAUCUUCAAGCAAGACUAUCCAAAGACUUCCAGCGCCAACAAUGGAUCAACUACAAAAAUGUGAUGCAAAUUAUGUUCCUCUCACCCCCGUAACUUUCUUGAAGAGAGCUAGUGCUGUUUAUGCCAACCGCACCUCUGUUAUCUAUGAAGGCACCCGCUUCACAUGGAGGCAAACUUAUGAACGUUGCUGCCGCCUUGCUGAUUCCCUCCGGUCCCUUAACGUCGGAAAGAACGAUGUUGUGUCCGUGUUGGCUCCAAAUAUUCCAGCAGUAUACGAGAUGCAUUUCGCUGUGCCUAUGGCUGGAGCAGUUCUCAAUACUAUCAACACAAGGCUAGAUGCCAAGAACAUAGCCACCAUUCUUAUCCAUUCAGGAGCUAAGGUUUUCUUCGUGGAUUGCCAAUACAAGGAGUUAGCGGAUAAGGCCCUUCGAUUCCUGGAAGGCCCUGUGCCAUCAAUUAUUGCUAUUAUCGAUGACGUUGACACACCUACCGGUGUCCGAUUCGGUCAGUUCGAGUAUGAACAACUUGUCCAAAGGGGCAAUCCAGGAUACACAGGUGAACUAAUUCAAGAUGAAUGGGAUCCUAUUGCCUUGAAUUAUACAUCAGGAACAACAUCUGCUCCGAAAGGAGUUGUUUAUAGUCAUAGAGGUGCUUAUCUUAGCACUCUUAGCCUAAUUCUUGGCUGGGAAAUGGGAAGUGCGCCUGUUUACUUAUGGUCUCUCCCCAUGUUCCAUUGCAAUGGCUGGACAUUCACUUGGGGUGUCGCUGCACGCGGCGGAACCAACGUUUGCAUACGCAACACCAGUGCUAAAGACAUGUACCAAAGCAUUGCUGACCAUAAGGUGACUCACAUGUGUUGUGCACCAAUUGUUUUCAACAUUCUGCUUGAGGCCAAACCUCAUGAGCGCCGCGAAAUCACUUCACCGGUCGAAAUACUCACAGGAGGUGCGCCCCCACCAGCCUCAUUGCUUGAAAAGAUUGAAUCUCUCGGAUUCCACGUGACGCACGCCUAUGGCCUUACUGAGGCUACUGGGCCAGCACUUGUGUGUGAAUGGCAGACUAAGUGGAACAAGCUUCCACAGCAGGAUCAGGCAAAACUCAAGGCAAGGCAAGGAAUUAGCAUACUGACACUUGCCGAUGCAGACAUUAAGGAUUUGGACACCAUGGCUAGCAUGCCGCGUGAUGGCAAGACAAUGGGAGAAAUUGUCCUAAGAGGUAGCAGUAUCAUGAAAGGUUACUUCAAGGAUCCUGAGGCAACUUCCAAGGCCUUCAGGAAUGGAUGGUUUGUUACUGGAGAUGUUGGUGUCAUUCAUCCUGAUGGAUACCUGGAAAUUAAGGACAGGUCAAAAGAUGUGAUUAUUUCUGGUGGUGAAAAUAUCAGCAGCGUAGAAUUGGAGUCUGUACUCUAUAGACAUCCAAGAGUCCUGGAAGCAGCUGUGGUGGCAAUGCCACAUCCCAAAUGGGGAGAAAGUCCCUGUGCAUUCAUCUCAGUGAAAAAGAAUUCCAACGGCGAAACGAAUGAUGUUAAAGAAUCUGAAAUUAUUGCUUACUGCAGGAAAAAUCUUCCCCGUUUUAUGAUUCCAAAGAGGGUGGAAUUCAUGGCUGAGUUACCAAAAACUUCAACAGGAAAAAUUCAGAAAUUCCAGUUAAGGGAAGUGGCCAAAAAUUUUGCUGUCAAUGAGAAGUUGCCCAGCAAGAAGCCUACUGGAAGCAGCACGCCUUCAGUUUCUGGUCAAGUCAAUACAGAAGUUCCAGGAUAUGCUCAUGAACAAGUUCUUGCUAUGUCUCGUCUUUGAAUUUUGAAUUCAAUACUUGAUUAAACAUUGAAAUAAGAUGUGUACAGGGUGGUUUACAACUUUUUAAGACUAAUGAGCGUAAUUUCUUCUUUUUA